UCGCGCAAUCUCGCAAGAAUGCUAGAAGGAUGGAGUAAAAAUCUUCUUUUUUCUCAAAAACCAAUCGCUUGGAUAUUACUUCGCUUUGAUCUGGGCCAUGGAAGUUCUCUCGAAUUCUUGUGGCGCGGUCGUGUUUGGAGCUCGUGGGCGACGAGAGCUCGCGAUGCUGUAGCCCACGUCCCCAAGAGCUCGAGAUUGACCACUAUGGCCGCGGUUUGCAAUCCCGAGCUCUUGAUGCAUGGCUUCCUGGGCAGGAGGAUCAAGGUGAGAAUGAAUCCUAGCUCGGAUCUUGCUCACAGCGGCAACGCGAUCGUGGCGGCCUUGAGCCGCGAGGACUGCAAUCCAUUGGGCCACAGGGAGCUGGGGAAGAAGGUGGUGAGCUGGGUGGGGCGAGGAAUCCAGGCUAUGGCGGCCGAGAUCGCCGAGGCGGAGAGGGCGCGUGAUUUGGCUGGAGUGGAGGAGAGAGUGGGAGUCGGGGAGGAGCUCGUGAGGCUCGUCCAGCCAUUUCUCGACAGGGUGGAGCUUCCAGAGGGCCUGGAAGAUGAGUGCCAGCGAGCCAGGAAUCACUAUCCCACUCUCUAUGAUCACUUCCAGCGAGAGCUCAAGAACUCUCUGGUGGAUCUCCAGGAGCAAGGGAGUGUCGAGGAGUGGCAGGAGACGGAUUCGUGGAAGUUGUUCAAGAAGAGAUCAAAAUCCGGCCAGCAUCGAAGCUCCGCGAGGAUCAAGGUGGCGAAGAAGAGUUUUAACGGGUUGAGCGAGGAGGUGGUGGCGGGGAUCCAGAGCAAGGUAGACGCUUUCGUAGAUCGAUACCUCGAGCUCUUGAGCGUAGAGAGACAGGCCGAGUUGGCUGCCACACAGCAAGCACUCGAUGGAAGCAGCAAGAAAAAGCUGAGCUCCGGCUGCGGUGACGAAGAGGAUCACGAGGAGGAGGAAAAGAGUUCCUCGAGCUCUUCGAGUUCUUCCAUCUUGCAUGAAGAGUGUGGUGCAUUGUGCGACCUGGUUGCUGUCAGUUCCUUCAAAGGCUUGGGAGGCACUGAAGUGGUGUCCUUUCGAUCCAAAAACUCGCAAAACCGGCUUCCUCCGACAAGCCUCUCUCCCGGGGAUAUGGUCUGUGUGAGAGUUUCGAACAGGCAAGGAAUCCCUGCGACUGAGUGUCUGCGAGGCUCCGUUUACAAGCUUUGUGAAGAUGGCCAGUUUAUCGAAGUAGCUCUUCCCGGUGGAGGCCGGGCGCUGAUGAAGCUAUCGGGUCGCUCAAUACGGAUCGACAAGAUCUUUGAUCUCGCCAACGCAACAACUUACGAGCGAAACUGUGAAGCACUCAAGCAACUCAAGAAAGUUGCGGUGAGCAAGGACAAUCCAGCAGCUGCCAUCGUCGCGGUUCUCUUUGGACAAGGAGAAGAGAUCGAAAAACUUGCUCGCGGCAAAGACCAACUUGAAGAUACUCACUCGCUGCUUGCGUCAACUUUGUCUGGAGCAUCCUUUGACGAGUCCCAGAGGCGAGCGAUCCAGCUCGGGCUGGACAAGUCGAGGCCAGUGGCCGUGAUCCAGGGGCCUCCGGGGACAGGAAAAACGAACGUAGUGACGGAGAUCAUCAUCCAGGCCGUGGCUCGCGGUGACAAAGUUCUUGCGACAGCCCCUACGAACGCAGCGGUGGAUAAUCUCGUCGACCGGCUCAGCGACACGAGCUUGCGGGUUGUUCGCGUCGGGAAUCCUGUGAGAAUGUCGCCCUCGGUCGUCUCCAAAUCGCUCACUCACAUCGUCAGCUCCGAGCUCGUCGACUUCAAGCGGAGCAUUGCCAGCGACAAAGCCGCCUUGAGGAGAACUUCGAUGCGGUCCCAGGAUGGCAAGAUCAAGGCGGAGGUAGACAAGAACUUGCGGAGGCUAGACAAAUCCAUGAGAAAAAAGGAAGAGGAGAUCCCAGCCGCGGUCCUGGCGGCAGCCCAAGUUGUCCUGUGCACGAGCAUUGGAGCUGGCGAUCCUUCGCUUCGCAAAACCGGGUUAUUCGACCUGGCGGUGGUGGACGAGGCCGGGCAGGCGAUGGAACCGUCGUGCUGGAUUGGAAUUCUUCGCAGCUCGCGCGUGGUUUUGGCCGGGGAUGCCUGUCAGCUGGCACCAACGGUAUUUUCAGCUGAAGCCGUGGAUGGAGGCCUCGCAACUUCGCUGAUGGAGCGAGCGUCAACGUCGCUGGGCCACUCCGCGGUGAUGACCACGAUGCUCCAGGUCCAGUACCGGAUGAACGAAGCCAUCGCGAGCUGGGCGUCGAGCGAGAUGUAUGGAGGAUUGGUGAAGACCGCUCCAUUGGUGGCCAAGCAAGUUCUAUCGGAUUCACCACAAGUCAAGGAGACGUGGAGGACACGAGCAGCCAUGCUGUUGCUGGAUACAAGAAAAGCGUUUGGAAGCCUGGCGAUGGGAUGCGAGGAGUGCAUGGACUACUUGGGAACGGGAUCGUUUUACAACGAUGGGGAAGCCGACAUUGUUGUGGAGCAUGUCAAAGCUCUCAUCCACUCAGGAGUUCCCGCAAGUUCUAUUGCCGUACAAUCGCCGUACCUGGCACAAGUCCAUCUCUUGAGAGCCAGGCUCGACGAGGAAAGCCUGGGAAAUAUCGUACAGACCGAGAGCAUCGACAGCUUUCAGGGACGAGAGGCCGAUGCUGUCGUGAUUUCCAUGGUGAGAUCGAACGAGCUGGGAGUGGUCGGAUUCCUGGCCGACAAGCGGAGGAUCAAUGUGGCGGUGACGAGGUCGCGCAAGCACGUCGCGAUUGUGUGUGACAGCUCCACGGUUGGCUCCAAUUCAUUCCUCCGCCGUCUCCUCCAGCACAUUCGCGCUUACGGGAUCGUCGUGGUACGCGAGCAGGAGGAACAGCGAUCGUACUCCUCCUCCACCUAGUGAUUGAUCGAGUGAUUGAUUCAAUAUAAGAGAAUCGUAUCGCUUUAGCUUGUUGAUGCAGGCGUACAGGAGCACAACAGCACACCCGGCGUCACGUCCAGGCUUCCUCAACAGGUUCACAGACCUCAAACCUGAGGAAGUGAACCCCUCGGCAGAGAAAGAGUUAAAGCAAGUAGAUUCCUCAUCUCUUUCACAGUUACAGUUUCCACUGUAGGAAAACUAUGCUUCAGUGCUUGAGAACAAGACGAACCUUUGCUUA